CGCCGUCACAACCCGCGUCAUUCGCCGACGGCUUGUUGCAAGCGCAGCUCUUCGCGUCCGUGGCCCGUGAUCCUCGCAUCGAUUCGAUAUUAUGAACAAACCACCGGAAUUCGCGUACGUGCAGCAUUCGUCGACCGCAGUGUAGUGAAAAUCGUGCCCGGCGGCAUCCAUUUAGCGACCAACGAGUCUCUGUCGACUUGCGGGCGUCUUCGAUCCCCUGAGUGCAUCCAGCACGAAUGGUUAGCGGUGGACGACGCAAAUGGCGUCCGAAAACGAAGCGUCCUGCGACGCGGACCCCAACUUCGCCGUCGUCUGCGCCUUCCUCGAAAAGUUCGGCACGGCGUGCGGCCUUCAGGCGGUCGAUUUCGUCGACCUGCAGCAGAUGCUGGAGAACGUGAAGGAAGUGUCUCCGGUUUUAAUCGACUUGCAUAUAAAGUUGAUGCGAAAAGUGAAGAAAUCCGUCACCGCCGAGCGAUGGGAGCGUGGAGUUGUGAAAAUUUGUCACACUUACAGCAAUCAGGAUGCUUGGGAAAUUGAAAGAUUCGGCUAUAAAAAGUCUCGACUCUCCGUUAAAUUAAGACUUCUCAAAGAACUAUUAGAAAUGCAGUUUGAUAAUAACACAUCUUUCAAGAAUAAGAUCAAUCUUAUCACUGCAAAGGAGCUGAGGUCUCAUCCAAUUGGAAGAGAUAAGUUGGGCAAUGCAUAUUGGUAUCAAAUUGAUGAUAGUUGUCAGCUUAGAGUGUACAAAGAAGAUCCAGAUGAAGAAACAUGGGCUUUAGUUGCAAAGGAUAGAGAAGGAUUAGUAACACUAAUCUCCAAGUUGAAUGACAACCAAGAUUCAUCCAGUACUGAUGCUGUUACCAAUGAAGACAGCAAUAGCAACAAUGAAGAAACCAAAACAGUGUUGGACACAGGACAACAAGACUCCAAUAGUUCAAAGAAGUCCUCUUCAGAUGAUGACAAACCACCUCAAUUAACACAGGAAGUAGAUGAUGAAGUCACCAAAAUGGAAGGUAAAGAUAUCCACGCGAAAAUGCCGGAUUUAAUCACGCCGCAAGAAGAUAAAAAGACGGAGUUAAGCGGAAUUAAAGAGAAAUACAUCUGGAGUGAUAAUUUUAUACAAUCUAAUCGCAAAGCGGUGGAAAGUGCUGGAUUCGUUGAUAUUGGCAUCACUAAUGUUGAUCUAAAACGCCCGUUGGAUGAAGACCUAGAUGAACCCAGUCUUGUGAAACGUCCCCGGACAGCAAGGCCUACAUUAUUAGGAAAUAAAAAGAAGCCUUAUCAGCAAGAUGAAGAAGAUUUCGAUGAUGAAGAGCUGGAAGAAGAAGAAAUCGAUGAGGAGGAAGAGGAAGAACAUGCGGAUGAUGAAGAUGAUGAUGAUGACGAUGAAGUUGGUGAAGCCAUUGAGGAACCACUCAUGUUAGUCACCGGCAAAGGCGCUGGUAGGGAUAAUAAGUGUGGGAAUCCAAUUGUAGGGGAUGUCAUUGAAGAGGAGGUGAUGUUUGUGUAUGGUGAAGGCAGUGGGCGGGAGUGUGAGACUGGUAAUGAAGAGAAGAAGGAGGAGGUUGCUUGUACGAAAGGUGCCAACAGUUCUCCGGAGAAGGGGGGUAUUAGGUCACCCACGAAGAAUAGCUUUAAGUUGGGGACAAUCAUUGAUUCGAAGACUGAUGGGAGGGAUAAGUCCCCGACGAAAAACGCGGCAUCACGCUGGGAUAUCGGUAAACCAAAUGAUAAUGAUACGAAUGAGGCGGAUAAGCAGACGGUGAAGAGUUUAGUGGAUAAGUUUGAGAGUAUUAACAAAGAGGAGGUGGUUGUUAAACCAAAAUUUUUCUUUGGGCCUGGGUCUGGGUUUAGUUUUAAAGCACCGCCGCCGGUGAAGUCUUCGGCGUCCAUGGGAUUUGGAGCUAAUUCUUCUGCAAGUUGUAAUGCUGUUUCACGUCAGGAAGUGAAUGAGAAGGAAACGGUGGAGAAUUCGACAUCUGUUGCGAAAGUUGUAAAUACGGUAGAUAAGUUAGAAUCUAAGAUUGACCAGGUGAUGGUUAAUGUUACGCCUGAGAAUCUUACUGUAAAUGAUAAGGAAUCAAAUGAAGCGAAAACAAAUGAAAAUGCUAUCGUUGAAUCAGAAGUUAUUGAAAGUAGAGAGGAGGGAAAUGUAAAAAAUGUUAAUUUAGAGGAAAAAUCGGAAGUUGUAGUGGAUGCUACUUUAAAUACUGAUGAAACUGAUAGUAUAUCAUCGAAAACUAAAGAAGAAAAGAUUAAAUCUAUAGACGAGGGAAAAGUAGAUAAUAGAAUUCCCGAAACGAAUCUUGAUAGUCCAAUUAAACCGGUGGAACCUUCAUCUUCUGUUUCUGAAACACCUGAAGCAGUUAAUACUACUGAGAAACCUCAGAUUGAAAAGGAUACAAAUCAAAUUUCUGAAUCUAUUGAAAUGGACGCUGUUUCCGAAGUUGAAACAACUAAAUUGAAGGAAGAAACUGAAGUACAAGUUGCAUUACCUCUUGUUGAUUCUCAGGGUAGUAAUGAAUCGAAAUCUAUAGAGUCGACAGAUACGGACAUUACAGGUCCGAAUUCAGUUGUAGAUAAUGACGUUUCCCAUCUUCCUUCAGAAACUGUGAACAUUACACCUUCGUUAGAUGCUGAACCAUUAACUGACAAUAAAGAUGAAGAAUCGAGUAAAGGAAAAAACGUUGCAGAGCCGUUACAAGAUAGUUCACUGGUGGAAACAAAUGAGGAUUUGCCUACCAGAAAAACCGAUAAUAUUGAAGAAAAUUCUACGAUCCCGGCAGUGGAACAAGACAAAGUUUCAAAUGCUUGCGUAGAAAAUAGUUCUGAAAUAGAUUCUCCUAUGCUAACACCACCGAAUGAUAAUAUAGAAGAUAAAGCCGUUGGUGAAGAUGAUUCAAUGCAGAUAGCAACUGAGGAUUCAAAGGAGCCGCAGUUGCCCGAGGAGGAAAUUAUUGCGACUCCGGUCGUUACAAGUUUAUCUCAUACAGAAGAACAACGCACUGAACAAAAAUCUGAAGUUUCUUUAAUCCGAACAGAUGAAACUGUCAGCACGGAACCACUUGACGAUAUUAAAUCAAAAGCUGAAGUCCCGGUGGUUAUUUCCGAAGAAAAUAUAAUUCCAGAUGAUAAACAAUCGCAAGUGCCCGUCAAUGACAAGGAGGAUGUUUUAGAGACAACAGAAGUGAAAACAGAUAACUCACAUCAAUUGGAGAAAGGAUUACCAAUUACUUCUGAAGUUAACAUUGCUCCUAAAGAAGUUUCAGAAACCAAUACAACCCAAGACAAAGAACCUGUUGAAACACUAGCAGAAGUAUGUUCAACACAAAAAGAGGUUACACUGGACACAGAGUUUCAUACAAAUGAUGCUAUGAUUACCGGUGAAGUAACUGCAACCAUCACUUCAACAGACCCAGUAAACGAAAAAGUUUCAAAAGAUAUUCCAAUUGUAGAUACAUCAGAAAAACCUGCUGAUACAACCAAAUUAAUACGUGAAGAGAUCGAGGUUGAAGUACCAGUGCCACCUUCUCAUAGUAUCAGUAAACUAAUAAAUGAAGUGCCUAAAGAAACACAAGUGCGUACUACAACAAGCGCUAAAUAUUUGUCUCCGGAUAAUAUAGUAAAUGAAUCAAUUGAAGAGCAAUCGCAAACAAUACCCACGCAUACUUCCAUCAUACCAGCGCCACUUGAAGAAUAUAUUAUCAAAGAAAAUCCCUCGGAAUACAAAGAUCAAAACAAAAAAGAAGCUAUAAUUACAGAGUCUUCAAAAGAAAUAUCCAAAGAGCCAAUCAUUGAAGAUAAAGCAAAUCCUGAAGAAUUAUUGGAUUUAAGCUGUAGUAAAGGCCCUGGAAUCCAAACCAAAGCAGAUCUAGAUAUUCCUAAAUUACAUCCUGAAAUCGAAUAUGCUGAGGAUCUCUCCAGGCACCAACCAUCAUAUUUUCCCCCUGCAGCAUUAACAAUGCCUGCGUUGCCUAUGGAGAUGCCUAAAUUGAUUCACCAAUCACUUAUGGACCUAUCAUAUAUGAACAAACCUCCGAUUCUACCAGAAGUAGUACCUCCAAUUACCACCUAUGAAUCAGCAGAACAGAUUGAAGAAAUAAGCGUUGCGAAAUCAUUUCUCAUGGAAAAUGAAGACAAUUCAGUUACAAAGACACCAGAAAAUACAGAGGACACUAUGGAUGAACCUGUUAUAAUUCAAGAAAUCGGAUCAAUGUCAACCAGUGGGUAUAAUAAGCAGAAACCACCGGAUGAGAAUAAUUUGCAAGAAAUUGGUAUUAUCGAAAAGCAAAUUUGUCCAAUAGGCGAAGAGGAAGACAUCGUGAAAAUUCGUCAAGCAACAAAUGCGCCUUCCGUGCUGGAGAUUCAAGUUCCUAAACCCGGACCACAAUUAUCUGUCGGUGCAGAGUUUGUGGAACGUCCAUGUGAAAAGCAGAACAUCGCAUUGCUUGGUUCUGAUGAUGAUCACAGUGAUGGUAUGAUGUGUGAUGAUGGCAACGUUUCGGAACCAAUGGAUUUGGAAGAAUCCAAGGAUGGGGAGAUAAUAGAACGCGGUGAAUUUACUGACAAGCAAUCUGUUUCCGAGGAAGUAAAAACAGAUCUCUUAGCAGAAACUAGAACUGAAUCUGAAGAUAAAAGUGAAGAACCCAAAAAAGCUUCUUUGCAGUCGUUUACUCUGGAUUAUACUGGAGAAGCGCCUGAUUUGAGUCAUGUGCAUGCCUUGGCGAGAAGAUCACUUAAGCGUGGUGCCAUUGAAGAACUUCCCAAAGAGGAAGAAGAUGAGGAAGCUGGUGGAAAACGUAGAAAGGUUCGAGGAAAACGAACUUUCGAUAAAGAUCUACGCAAGAGUAUUGAAGAUGCUAAAAAUAAAGACAUAAGUAGUAGCGAUGAAGAGAAAAAGAAAGAUGAGUCACCUGCUGAAAAACCGGAGAAGAAACCCAGGCAGAAACGGAAACGUUUAAUGAUGGGGUUGGAGAUUCCCGAAGAGGGUGUGGUACUUCCCACUGGUUUAAGGCAAUCCAGACGAAUUGCACAAAUCAAAAUCAAGGAGGAAGCCGAACGCCGUAAACUCGAGGAGAUCGCUUUGGACGAAAUGAAGAAAUCCCAAUCAAGGAAAAACAAAAAGGAUGAAGAUAAAGAUUACAAAGCCGAGAAACGAAAACAUUACAAAGCCGAGAAACGAAAACGUAAUUCAAUACCCACCGAAGAUGAAACCACCAAUGACACUGAAAUGGACGAUAAAAAGUUAAAGAAGAAAAAGAAGAAACGCAAGCAUAAAGAAUUCGAUGAGCAGAACCCUUGGAGAACCAGUUCGGAUUCUAGUUCAGAGGAUUCACAUGUUGAGGAAGAAGAGGAGGAAGAGGAAGAGAAUUAUAUAGAAACAGUGAAAUCAGAUCAUGAAUUUUCUCCAGAAAGUGAUUUGGAAAAUGCCGCUGAUCCCCAACCAUUGAAACGUGCAAGAACAGUGCGCAAAGAAGAUGAAGAGCAAGAGGAAAUAGAUGACACAAACUGUCAAAAGUGUAAUAAGUCUGAUCAUCCAGAGUGGAUACUCUUGUGUGAUGGUUGUGAUGCCGGUUGGCAUUGCAGCUGCCUACGACCUGCGCUAUUGGUUAUUCCUGAAGGAGACUGGUAUUGUCCGCCAUGUCAACACACCAGUUUAGUAAAAUUACUCCAAGAUAAAUUGGUGGAAUUUGAUAAGGUACAGAGUAAGAAAGAAGUCGAACUGAGGAGGAAACAGCGAUUGGCUUACGUUGGAAUUAGCUUGGCGAAUGUAUUACCUGAGAAGACUGAAAAUGACGCGGCGAAGGUGAAGAAGGAGCGUAUUAGAAAACCCAGAGUUAGGAUAUCCGGAGAUGAGUCCUCUUCGGAUUCUAGUGACUCAGCCUCACAAUCAGGAUCAGAAUCAGGGUCAUCCAGUGAGUCUGGUUCGAGUUCUUCUGAUAGUGAUGAACCUAUUUAUAAACUGCGGCAGAGGCGACAAGAGCAUAGUUAUCAGUUUAAAGAAUAUGAUGAGCUUAUCAAGUCUGCUACACAGGAAGAUAUUGAAGUGAAGAAAGAAAAUGAACCUCAAAUUAGAGGAAAAGAUAUGGCGACCAUUGAGCAGGCUGAUAUGCAGGAACAAACUGAACCUGUAGUGAAAAAGAAUGAAGAAGAUGAUGAGUCUGAUGAAGAAGAUAUCAAACCUGUAAGGAAAGUGCUUGGAAAGAAGAAACACCGGCGAUUGAAUAGUCUGGAUAUUAGCAGUGAGGAGGAUGAAGAUUCUGAUGAAGAUUUCAAAGGGUCUUCCAGUGAGGAUGAUGAUGAUGAUGACGAAUAUAAUGAAAGUAGCAGCAAUAGCAGUAUUAUUGGUAGGAAGAAGAAGGGUCGUGGUUCAGUGCGUAGAUCUACUCGAGCGAGAAUUCGCCGGUAUGAUCGUGAAUUCAUCAACGAUGAUUCUGAAGAUUCCGAUCAACCACGUGGGAAACGAGGGAGAUCUGACUGGGAGGAGAGUGAUGAGUCCGAGGAGGAAAGCGACCGCUCUUGGGGUAGGAAGAAGAAGCGCACCGGUGCAGCUAAGCCAAAGCAAGUAAACAUAUCUCAAUCAAAACCGAAGAAAUCGAAGAAGAAAACCAUCGACGAUUCAGAUCCUGAUGUUUAUAAGAAAAAGAAACCGAAAAUUAAGUUUAGUGGGGUGGAUGAUGAUGAUGGUGGCAAACGACGGACCAGAGGCAAGAAAAUAAACUAUCUCGAUGCAUUAGGUACGGAUAGUGAAGAGGAAAGUGCACGGAGAAGAAACCAGGUUAAAGAUGAAGAGAGCGAGGAUGAAUUUGUAUUGAAUGAGGAAGAAGAUGAUGUUCAAGAUGAAGAGGGUCGUGAGGAUAGGUCCAGCGAUGAUUCCAAUAUAGGUGGUUUAGUUCCAGCGGUGAAGAAAGGUUCUAAAAAGGGAAAAGGUAAAGGAGGUAUCAAGCGGAUAAAGCGAGCUCAAGGUGAAGAAGAAGAAGCACUAUUCCCUCCUCUACCUGAUGCUGAAUCUGGUGAUACACCUACAAUUGAACAAAUUAACAAGAAUUUGGAGGCAAUGGACGAGAAAGAAAUCGGCAUGAUGAUGGAGGAGGAGGAAUACGCCAAUAAACAACUGCAGUUGGUUGCUGCGCAGUUGGAGAAGGAAAAACGAAGGAAAGAAAUGGAAGCACGAAGGAUGGAUGUAUUACCACAAGCACCUGCAGCAGUUCCAGUACCACAGGAAAGAGUACCCGUGACUGGACCAUCGGUGAUACAAGCAAUGCCAGUGGUCAUGCCACCCCAAAUGAUGUCGCAACUACAUCAAAUGCAUCCGGAGCAAUUGCAACCCAUUCCACCAAUGCAUCAUCAACUUUCACCUCUACAUCAUCAAAGUGGUCAGAUCUCAUCACAACCACGGCAACAUUUACUCCAACCUACACCCCCACCACUGCAACAUCCAAUUCCGAUGAUGUGUACAGAUACUCCAAAGAAACGAGGCAGGAAACCAAAGUCCCAGCUAAUGUCACCGGAAGUUAAUCCUACACCACCAUAUUUACCCACACCAUCUACAGGUGAUAAAUCAGAUGAUUCCGAGAUGAGUUUCAACGCUGAUGGUACACCUAAAAAGCGACGUGGACGCGGUAAAGGGAAGAAAACCCUGGAGAAGGAAGCCGCUGCAGCAGCUGCUUUAGCUCAAGUGUCACCUCAAGGACAAGGACCAGGACAAAUUCCUCCACUUCCACAAAUAUCAGCUAAUACAAAAUCUCCAGAAACGAAAGAACCUGUGGAGAAACCACCAAUGGAUAGCAAAUUAACUGCUCCUCCUGAAAUACCACCUAUGGUUGGUGGUAAGUUGGGUGUUGCUUCCGCACCACAACCAUUUUCACAAAGCCAACCAAAACCAUCGGUCAUCACUCGAAUGUUGCAAAACCAACCAUGUCAACCAGCGUAUCCAGUUGGAGGUGUCACGCAUAAUUUUGGACCUGAUCGACCCCCGGAACCGCGUCCUCCGGGGCAUCCAUAUAUCCCAGGUGGUUCUCUUGCUAUUUCUGGACCAGGAGUAUUACCACCAAGAGGUCUACACCCAGGCGCAUUCCGACCUGCUGCUAAUCACUACCCUGUUAUCCGCAGUGGCGCACCACCAAUAAGACCUCCUUUGGUCCCACCGCACAUCUUCCAUCAUCCAAUGGAGAACUCACCAGCUGUUGGCGGCGCACCUCCGUUACCUGAACGCAGCUCACCAUUGCUUACUUCACCCGCGUCAGCAUCACCUCUGAGCAACAAAAGUGACCCUACGCCGCCACCGCCACCUGCGUAUAUAGUUCGUCCACCGAUGGUGCGUUUCCCGCCUACAACAGUCGCACCACCAGCAGGUUUACCACCGCGACAUGCGCAAAUGUUACCACAGUUGCAUCAACGCCCGCCGUACAACUACCAUUAUCCACCUCAGUAUCCCGAGGGAGGUGGGCCAUACCAACCAGUCCCACCACAACCUUAUCAAGAACAACAAUUUGCUGGUGAUUCUGACGCUCCUAAAAACUACCAAGAAGAAGAGGAAAAUGGCGAAUUCGGUGGGUUGGUUUCGUACUUCUCUAGCCAACGCGAAGAUGACCUGGACACGUAACGUACUAUUUUCUCAAAGGAUAAAAAUACAGACCAAAAAUAAAUUAAUCACAUCUACUAUGACAGAAAACAGGUUAUGUCAGAGGUACGCGAUGAGCAAGAUGAAUUUUCUUUACGUUUUAUUUUACAUGGAAUUAUAAUCGCACUGGGAGGAGUAAGUUUAAGUUUUGAGACAAAGAAUUAGGUUGCAACAUAAGAUACUAAAUUAUUUCACAUUUAUAUUUAUAUUAUACGCGGUAAGCAUGUAAAUAUUAGUAGAAUUUUAUAGAUCUUAAUUUUCCUAGAGAUUGAAUGCAUACCUACGACUAAAUGAAGAAUACAGAAAACUAGCUAUUGUAAAUAAAUGUACAUAGAUAAAUCUACUAUAUAUCUAAUUAUCAUUAUAUACAAUAUAUGAAAUUAUAUACAUUUAUAUAUUGAAAGGCGAAUUGCAAGAUGAAGAUUAUGCACAUUAGUUAGGUGCAAAGUUUGCAAGAAAUGAAAACUUAACGAUUGAAACGAGUAACGUUUCACUGUGUGUUUAUUAACAAUUAAAUUUAAACGUUUAGGUCUCAUUGUCUAUGUAUCAAAAUGUAUAAACAGUCAGGAGAGACGUUUGAUGAUUUUGAUUCAAUAUGAAGUUUAGUUUGUGCAAUGCGUUUUACAGGUGGACAACUCACAACAAAGAAUCAAUUCUGUGAGAUUAACGAUUAAUAUCUCACGUUUUGUCUAACUAUACUUAUUAUACUUAAGGUUUCUUGACGAAUGCAUUACAUUAAAAUGUUUAUUUUAAUAAUAAAAACAAAGAAUUUAUUUUUA